UUCAUACAACCACAUUACCUGUCCAGGCCACCAUUUCCGACACAGUCAUUGCGCAUAACCAACAAGCAGAUCGAACCAUAAUCUGCAAACAGCUUGCAUUGCAGAUAAGUAAGUAGCAGCUUUUCAACCCGCUCCUGCAGCUGCUUUCCUCUCCGGACCCCGUCUUCGAAUCACCGAAUUACCCCUCCCUCCACCACCAUGCCCCCGCUUCGUAUCGCCAUCCUUGAAUGCGACACCCCAGUCGAAAAAGUAAACAACAAAUAUGGAGGCUAUCGCGGCGUGUUCUCACUCCUGCUGCGUGAAAGUGCUGCAGCACUAGGACAACCCGAUAAGCUAGACCCAGAAACCGGCCUCGAGUUUAGCGGCUGGGACGUGGUAACUGCGCAAGAGUACCCCAACCUGGAGGAUGUAGACGCAAUUGUUUUGUCCGGGUCAAAACAUGAUUCCUUUGAGGACCACCCUUGGAUCCUCAAGCUGGUUGAAUUCACCAAAAAAGCUUUCGAAGACAAGCGCGUUAAGAUUUUCGCUAUUUGCUUCGGCCAUCAGAUCCUGGCACGUGCGCUUGGCGCCAGAGUUGGUCGCAACGCUGCAGGAUGGGAACUUGCAGUGUGUGAGGUGGACUUGACUGAGACGGGGAAGGAGUUGUUCGGGAGGGAUAAGCUUCGCAUUCAUCAAAUGCACCAGGAUAUUGCGUACGGAUACCCAUCCGAGGUCAUCUCCCUGGGCGCUUCCCCGAGGUGUGCAGUACAGGGCAUGUAUGUCCCUGGGAAGUUGAUCUCUGUCCAGGGCCAUCCGGAAUUCAGAGAAGACAUCAUGACCGAGAUCCUUACUUUGCGGACUGCAGCUGGUAUCUUCUCGAAAGAACAAUCAGAAGAUGCCUUUAGUCGCGCAGGCAUCCCACACGACGGCAUUGCGAUCACCAUGGCCUUUCUGAAGCUUCUGAUUUGAAUAGACCUGAACAUAUAGAGCGACAUUUUACUUUGCUGCCAGGACUGGCUGAGAUACCUCCAUAGCUAAGAAUACCUUGGCUACCCGCUGAAAUUCAGCUCCAGCGACGCAUAUAACUAGACAGAUCAAGAAUAGAUGUCUUUUAUCCACUAAAGAUGCAAAUGGUUAAAACCGCAAACCCAAGCGCAUCUA